UCUUGUAUAAAUAUAUAAAAGUAUCAAAAUCAAAAGAUAAGUAGAAUUAUUACUUGGGCACAUUUUUUUGGGUUGAUGAAGAAGGAAGAAAAACAAGUUUGCUUGUUGGCCGUCGCCGCUUUUCCGUUUCCGCCCGUCUGUCUCCACCCAACUCCCUCCGUCUCGUCUCCUCUGUAAUCUGCAUCCCAAUCCCAAUCUGCCAACGGAGAAGAAGAAAACCCAGCGCAGCAAGGAACGACGAGGAAAGAAAAGUCCCCUCCUUCCCACCCCAGCAGGCAGCAGGGGAGCAGCCCCCCCACAAACAGUUGUUCAACCACAUACAAAUCGGAAUCGAAACCCUAGCUCGGUUUCGCCCUCGGAUCCGAUGGCUCGUUCGCCGCCGCCCCCUUCCUCGGCCGGCGGCGCGCAGUACGCGCAGCAGUUCCUCAACACGGCGCUCUCCCAGCGGGGGCCAUCCGCGCUGCCGUACGCCGAGGACGUCAAGUGGCUGAUCCGCAACCACCUGGUGGCGCUGGCCGAGGCCUUCCCCUCCCUCCACCCCAAGGCCGCCCUCUUCACCCACAACGACGGCCGUGCCGCUCACCUCCUCCAGGCCGACGGCACCAUCCCCAUCCACCACGCCGGCGCCUCCUACAACCUCCCCGCCGUCAUCUGGCUGCCCGAGCCCUACCCGCGCUCCCCGCCGCUCGUCUUCCUCUCCCCGACCCGAGACAUGGUUAUAAAGCCCCACCACCGGCUCGUCGACAGCUCCGGCCUAGUCGCCAACGCGCCGUACCUCCGCUCCUGGGUCUUCCCCUCCUCCAACCUCGUCGACCUCGUCCGAUCCCUCUCCCACCUAUUCGGCCUCGAUCCGCCCCUAUUCACCAAGAACCCUCCUGCCGCCGCUCCGCCGCCGAAUCCCUCUCCGACCCCAGCCCCGGCCCCGCCACCGCGGGUCGCCCCCUCCCCCUCCCCAUCCUACAGGCUUGGGGGCGGCGGCUUCCCAGCGUCGCCCCAGCUCGCCCACCGCCCGCCCCCCACCGAGGACCCCGCCGAGGUCUUCAAGCGCAACGCCGUCGCCAAGCUCGUCGACAUGGCCUACGCAGACGCUGCCGCACUGCGGACCGCGCGGGAGGCUGAGGUUGACGCCCUCUUCGCCGUCCAGGCUGAGCUGCGGCACAGGGGUGACAUCGUCGCUCAAGGGGUGCGCAAGAUGGGGGAGGAGAAGGAAGCGCUCGAGCGCCACCUGCAGGAUGUCAUGAUGGCCACCAAUGUCAUGGAGGCCUGGGUCAGGGACAACAACAGGAGAGGCAGCAACCAAGCCACCGAGGACGCCAUCGAGCCCGCGGAUGUGCUGUCCAGGCAGAUGAUCGAGUGCACAGCGGCAGAUUUGGCGCUCGAGGAUACCAUCUAUGCGCUCGACAAGGCAAUCCAGGAAGGAUCUGUGCCCUUUGACGGCUACCUCAGGAGCGUGCGCGCACUGUCGCGCGAGCAGUUCUUCCACCGCGCCCUAUCUGCCAAGGUGCAUAGCGCGCAGCAGCAGGCUAAGGUUGCUAGCAUGGCAGCACGGGCAACUCAGUACGCAUCAUAGGGAUUAUGGUCAGUAUACUUGCUUGGUCUGCAGCCCCUCCGAUUUUGUCUUCUCGUCUUAUUAAGUACCUGUGUCUGUGUAAAGUUUCUACUCCAUGUUUGUUUACUGCUUCCUAGGGAAGGGGGAGAUACAAUGUUGCUUGUCACAUUUACUUGACUGGAUGGAUAUGAAAGGACUUGUGCCUAUAAUAACUUGAGUUUGAAUGAUGCGUGCAUGGCUUUUGAGCUCA